UGGGACCCCGCCUCUUCCAGCCGGGAUUACCUGGCUUGGUUGGGCAUUUGGCGUCAUCCCGAAAACAUGGCGCAAACCAAUCAGCGGCAAAUCUGCUCUUCUGAGCGGCUGUUCGUUGGUUGAUAAGCCAGAGCCUGUUCUGUUGUCUGUAUUGGCUAUUACCGCUAUCAGUCAGGGCCGUGGGUCGAACCUUCCCCUACUCUUUGUCUAUACAAGCUCUUGUUGUCUGGGAGAGCUGCGAAGGCGCUGCUGUGGAUUGGCCACAGGAGAAACCACUGAUCUGUUCCUAUUGGCCCGUCCGUCGAGGGACGAUGCUGAUUGGUAGGGCAGAGCAAUCUGAGUCCUAGUUGGUGGAGUUCUCCCCGGAUGGACGCUCCGGCCGCGGAGUGAUGGUGGCGGCAGCGAAGAUGGGCCAGACAGGGACCAUGGCGGUGGCAGCAGAGGUGGCAGGGGCGGGGCGGCUGGCGGUAGAGGAGGCUGUGGUCCUCAGGGGGCUGUAGGUGGAGGCAUGGCUCGGGCCAGCAGCGGGAACGGCAGCGAGGAGGCCUGGGGGGCACUUCGGGCGCCGCAACAGCAGCUUCGAGAGCUGUGCCCAGGAGUGAACAACCAGCCCUACCUCUGUGAGAGUGGUCACUGCUGCGGGGAGACUGGCUGCUGCACCUACUACUAUGAGCUCUGGUGGUUCUGGCUGCUCUGGACUGUUCUCAUCCUCUUUAGCUGCUGUUGCGCCUUCCGCCACCGACGAGCUAAACUCCGGCUGCAACAACAGCAGCGGCAGCGUGAGAUCAACUUGUUGGCCUAUCAUGGGGCAUGCCACGGGGCUGGUCCUUUCCCUACCGGUUCACUGCUUGACCUUCGCCUCUUCAGCACCUUCAAGCCCCCAGCCUACGAAGAUGUGGUUCACCGCCCAGGCACACCACCCCCUCCUUAUACUGUGGCCCCAGGCCACCCCUUGACUGCUUCCAGUGAACAAACCUGCUGUUCCUCCUCAUCCAGCUGCCCUGCCCACUUUGAGGGAACAAAUGUGGAAGGUCUUUCCUCCCACCAGAGUGCCCCCCCUCAUCAGGAGAGUGAGCCUGGGGCAGGGGUGAGCCCUGCCCCCACACCCCCCUCCUGCCGCUAUCGCCGUCUAACUGGUGACUCGGGUAUUGAGCUCUGCCCUUGUCCUGUCUCCGGUGAGGGUGAGCCAGUUAAGGAGGCGAGGGCUAGUGCCACCCUGCCAGAUCUGGAGGACUACUCCCCUUGUGCACUGCCCCCAGAGUCUGUACUGCAGGUCUCUCCCUUGGGGCUGGCUUCCAGUGAAGAGGACAUCCCAUAAGUAGUUUUGAGAAGGUGGGUGGGUUACUUGCCCACCAGAAACAGCCCUGGUCCCAACUCCUUUCGUUCCCUUUGGCCCCUUCCUGCUCACCUGCCCAUCUAGAAUCUGCCUGAAAGGGCCGGAGCCCUGAGGAAAGGGGCAGUAUUUGGGGGAACUGUGCUAGCUUUAUCCCCCAAGACAUACACAGGAGCCUUUAAUCUCAUUAAAGAGAUGUGAACCAGCCA